AGGCUUUUAAUGCUACAUAGCCUUGUAAAGAACCACCUUAGCCACAAAGAAUCAUGCUUGAGAGUGGAGGACAAGGUCUACGGACCAGCGGAACCUUCAAACUCUGGCUGCGGCAGAACCGAGUCGCGAUGGGAUGCGCACCAAGUUUAAGACUUCCGCCCCGCAGAGGGCUAACCUCCACCCCCACCAUCCACGUCCGCCCAGCUCUGGUUCUGCGCAGUCUCCUGGAGUUAUUUGCCGUCUCUAUGGCAACCCGGUAGCUGGAGACGGAAGAUGGAGACCAACGAGUCUUCGGAGGGAUCGCGGUCGUGCUCCUUAGACGUACAGCCCAGCUCGGAAGGACUAGGAACCACUUCCCAACCGUUUUCUUCUUCAGGCGGCAGUGCUGGGUCUGCCGCUGCAGCUGCCUCCACGGCCAGAGCGGCUGCAUUGUAUACAAAGAUCCCAGUGCCCUAUUCUGAGUUCACAGAACCCUCCUCUGACAGUCUUCUUGGGACAGCCUAUCCCAGAUCCCACCACAUAGGCCAUGGGAGUCUUGGCCUUGAACCCUUCUAUGUUUCCUGUGUUGGUGGGGAUCCCUGUACUACAACUGACCAUAGCUCUAGCGCCGGCCCUGUAACUGGAUCCAGCCCCGGUGUCGGCCCUUACUCUGGUCCAGGCCAUGGCUCUGUCCCUCACGCUGGCUCUGGUACUGGCCGUGGCUCUGUUCCUUGCCGUGGCUCUGGUCUUGGCCAUGCCUCUGGUACUGGCCAUGGGUCUGUCCUUGGCUCUGGUCCUGGUCUUGCCUCUGGAACUGAUCCAGGUUCUGGUCCUGGCCCUGGCCCAGAGCUCAGUUUCAGCACUUCUCAAAGGCUCAAAAACCUCAAGCCAGAUAUGCACCCUAAUUAUACCUCCUGGUGUCAUCACUGCUACUCGGAGCCUCAGAAACAACCACGCUGGGAAUUUUUACAAAUCUCAGAACCUGGUACCCGAGGAAUAUGGAAACCCCCAGAGGUUGAAGGGAAGUCUAAGUUUCUCCAUGAAACAUUGCCACGGGGACAGUGUCUCCUCUACAACUGGGAGGAAGAGAGAGCCACCAACCACCUGGAUCAAGUCCCAAAGUCACAGGAUGGCUCCGAGAGUUUCUUCUUCCGACAUGGACACCAGGGACUGUUGACAGUGCACCUACAAUCACCCAUGCCCUCCAGCACCACCCAGAAAGACUCAUACCAGCCCCCAAGAAACCUCUGUCGGCCACUUCGAGGGAAGCGUGAAGCCAUACUGGAGAUGCUUCUGCACAACCAGAUCUGUAAAGAGGUUCUGGAAGAGCAGGAACCCACAAGGAAGCUCUUUGAAGUCGAGUCAGUAACACACCAUGACUACCAAGUGGAGCUGGUGCAAGCAGGGCCUCCAGCCCCAACAAAGCCUCAUGACUACCGCCAAGAGCAGCCUGAAACCUUCUGGAAACAGAAUGCACCGCAGUUACUGGUGUGUGAGGGUAACUAGGUGUUGGGGGUGGGGGGAAAGAAAGCAGAUCAGAGGCUAUUCUAUUCUGGCUUGGGAAAGGAUGGGAUCUGUCCUCAAACGGGCAUUCCUCCAGGGUGUCAGUAACAUCAAGACAUGGGACACACCAUUCCGGAAGAACUGCAGCUUCUCAACACCAGUGCCCUUGUCUCUGGGGCAUCCUUUGCCCUAUGAAUCUGACAGUUACUCCCACUGAUUGGGAGAAAUGUCUUCCCUUGCCUGUCAGGGAAGAGGCCAGGGGAAUCAAGGGGGGUAAAUGACUCCUGUCUAAAGGUUAAGGGGGGAAGUGGAUAUGGAAUUUGGAAUCCUGUUUCUGUUUGUACUAGAGAGGUGAGUGGGGAGAAAGUUAAUUCUCUCUAUACUUGAUGGAAGGGCUUUAUAUAAAGAGUU